GUAUAUAUUGUGUGGCUAGAACUCUUUGUAGUUACUUAACAUUUCCUCUCUAUAAGUACAGUAUACAGUUGUUAUUUUUUUAAAUCUCAAGUUCGAAAAGACCCGAAACCAGACUGAACACUUCAUUUGUGGUUACUAAAAGUUUAUUUCCUGCGCAAAUUAUGAGUUCUGCGAGUUUGAAAGAUCAUAGCAAAGCUAAAGGUGGAGUAUUCAAUGUAAAAGUAUAUAAUGGAGGCAAUGCAAUAUGUGGACCAGGAGCAACUGCAACAAUAUCAAGAAAAUACCACAAAUCAAGUUGCAGUGCACAUCGACAUAAUAAAGCCAUUAGUUAUCCACUUGGGGACGAUUACAAUAAGUCUGAAUUGUUACAAGGACCAGAACAACGGUUAACUGAUGUUCCUGCUAAAGUUUAUCAAGAACUUGAAAAGCAACUCAGCUUUGGUCAGUCAGACUGGAAGAAUCUUGCGUGUCACAUUUUCCCCAGCUUGAAACAAGAUGAAAUAGAAUACCUUACUACCAGAUACCGAAGAAACCGAGCAGAGGGGAUCUUUAAGAAAAUGAGUGAAAGAGGAAUAACCCUGGGACAGCUUGUUAAAGGUCUUGAGUCUAUUGAAAGACAAGAUGCUUUGGAGAUUUUGUUUGAAGCAGGAUAUCCAAGGGAAUCUGAUACAAUAGCAGAAAAUGAUGAGUCGGUCAUGGAAGCCUGCAGCAGAAUUCAAGAAGAAGCCAUUGAUGAAGAGAGAGAAGAAGUUCCUCAAGAGAAUGUUUGCUUUGAAAAAAACUCUUAUAGAGUUUUCAUUGAAGAACCCACCUUGAAGGGGGUUAUAGGCAGUGCAGAUGGUAGUUCAACAUCAUUUGUCAGGAACCUAAUGUCCAGAGUGUGUUUAGUACAGUUCCCUACAACGCCUGAAGAAAGAUUUACAAGUGCUGUAUCAAUGUUUGAGGAAAUCCAACGAGAAUAAUAAAUUGACACUUUACACUACUUGUUUAGACGACCACAUUUUCAACUGUUCUGAGUUACUUUGAAGCCCCUAAUGUAGUAGUUAUCAAAGACAUAAACCAUACUGAAUAUUUUAAACUAUGAUAUACGGUUCUAAUACAUUUUUAUUGCUUAAGAAGCAAAACAUCCAUGUCAGGGAUGUAGGCUGGGGGGCCAAGGAGCCAGCCCCCCUCCCCUCUUCAUGGCAAGGAAAUAGUGGCUUUUAUAAUUUAUAUAGUAAUUUUGCAGUUUUUGUUGUGUUUUGCAAGAAUAAAACUUUUAAAACAAAAUAGUUUUUGAAUUUGGACCUCCUCCUGGCUAAGCUCCUGCGUGCAUGAGCAUUGAUCAAAUGUGUGACUUAUGUUAACAUAAUUAUUUAUUCAUUUAAAAAAAAUUUUUAUUUA